GCAGUCGCGAAUUUUCCUUCAAAAGUGUCGGAUCAUUCUCGUAUUUCAUCAUCCAAGAAAUUGUUAACUCAACAUAAUUUGUUCGAUUCGAUUCGUCAUCAAUUCUUCGUUCUUCGUAUAAAAAGCACGUCACUAAUCCAAAAUUAUUCAUUUCUAAACCGAAACUCGUUGCGAGAACACUAAAGUUUUUUUUGAGAACAAAGAAAAAAUAAUUUUAUCCGGUUACAAUGUGUGAUCAAACAUUUAAAAUUACAGUAAUUUCCGCAAAUGGACAAGACAAGAAGGAGAGUUUUUACUUUAACCACUUUGUCGACAUGGUUUAUCCUUCGUUGUCGCAACUGAAGACGAAACUUUUCACGAAAUUCGGGGUUUCGGAUGCGAAUUUGCACAAAAACUACAAAAUUUAUUGGAUCGAUGAGGAUGGCGAUGAAAUUAGCAUUAUCGACGACGAUGACCUCAGAAUUCUCGCGGAUCGGCACCAAAAGUCGUCGCCUAUUAAGCUGAAUGUUCGUUCAAUCGUCGAAAAUGAGCAAGAAGAGGUAAAAAUUGCGAAAGAACAUGCAACAAAGGAAAAUGCUGAUUGUAACGCGAAUGAUGACGCUGACGAUACUUUGCCUGCACAUCCGGGCGUGAUUUGCGAUGGUUGCGAUAACGGCAUCUACGGAUUUCGUUACAAGUGCGUUCAGUGUCCCGAUUAUGACUUGUGUCGUCGUUGCGAGGGUAAAAUGAUCCACGAAAAUCACAUGAUGGUCCGAAUUCCGAUCGGAGCUGAGAGACUUCCUCGUAAAAUCGAUCGUGUUUUGAAUUUGGGCGCCGCAUUCGAGACUGUCGGUGAAAAUAUUCGCAAAUUUAAGCAUCAGGAGAGUCAUCAUCGACGCGAAGAAGAGAAACAUCGACGCGAAGAGGAGAAACAUCGUCGUGACGAGGAAAAACAUCGACGUCACGAAGAGAAAUGCAAACGUAAAGCGCAUCGUCGAUGCACUCGUGAAGCUCAUCGUGCUUCAGCUGCGCCGCAAAACGGUUCAGGAGAUGCAGAAACUCAACCAAGAGGUCCCGGAUUCUUGUAUCACGUCAUGGAUUACUUGAAUUACAUGAUGAAUCCCGACAAUAUAAUGGAAAAUUUGCAUCAAGCAUCGAAUGCGACAGCGCCUCAGGCCGAAAAUCAAACUCGCGGAUGCCCGGCAAUGAAUUUGGGCUUUCCAAUUCCCCCGUCAUGCCCGCGAUUUCAACCUGACAAAGCAACUGAGGCGAAAGAGAAGGCAGGAAUUUCGCCAGAAGCAGCAACUGCUGCGGAUUUUGAGAGUUUUCUCAAGACUUCCGUCGCAAAUGCCGUUGCUUUGGGCACAGAUGCGAAUUCCAUGACGACAAGUAUUGGCGUUGCAGCGAAAGAAGUCGAAGUUCAAAAGGAAAAUCCGGAAAAGGAAGCGGAAAAACCCGCAGAAAAGCCUGCAGAAGAAAAUUUAUUGGAAAAAAUCCAUGAAAAAUUGCGCGAAAUGGAACAAGAUGUCGAAAAAGAACGUAAAAAUCGCAGCAAUUCUCCCACAAUUUCGUACGCAUCGGAAGACAGUGACGAAGGAAAUGGAGAAAAUGUUCGUGAUUGGACCGUUUUGGAUAACGAAGAGCCUGUUGAAGGCGCAUCUGCUGUCGAAAAUACGGAAACAACCCAAAAAGAGACGAAAAAAGUCGAAGAUAAGGCAACAUUGACGGAAAAUUCAUCAAGUGCUUCGUCAUCGAUGUUCAAUAGUGCUCACGGAAACGGCGAAGAGCAAAAAGAAACGGAAAAACCGAAAAAACCUUUGACUUUUGCUGAAAUGGGACAACAAUUGAAAGCUCAUAUCGAUGAAUAUCGCAAUUUGGCAGUUCCCGUAGGACCUCCAGCUUCGACUUCAACUACUCCAAUCAAUCCAAACGCCACAGAAUUCGUUCCCGGGCAAUAUCCUCAUCCAUAUUCUGCUCCAAAACCGAAAGUUUAUCAUCCGAAACCCCAUAUCAACCAUGCAAUCCACACAAUGGAAGCAAUGGGCUUCUCUAACGAUGGCGGAUGGUUGACCAACUUGCUCGACACUGUCGAUGGAAAUAUUCCGCGUGCAUUGGAUCUUUUGCAACCGCAUCACAAGUGAACAGCGUUUGCUCAAAAUGAUUCCAUUCAUAUUUUAUCUCUUAUAAUUAAUGUUUUAUUGACACAAAAAGGGCUUUUAUUGCACCUUUCAACGUAAAAAAAGCAUAUUUAACCCACAAUACAAUAUACACAAGUUAAUCAAUUGAAUUAGAAAAUGGCUGAAAAUUUUUUAGAGUUAAGGGAGUUUGAAGAGUGACCUUAAAGAAAUUUAUCUUUUAAGCGAAAAUGAGGUAUUGAGAAAAAAAAUGAAUUUAUUCUCACAUUUGGUAGUGAAAAGUAGUUCAUAGCACAAAAAAAAAACAAUAAAAA